AAAGAAAGUGUCAUCACUUUUUCCUCAGCCACCUCUGAAGACACAAAGACACACAGACACAGACACAGACACACACACGUCUGACAGGCGAGUGGACAGAAUGAGCGCGCUGCCGUGGGCUUGGACAGUGUUGAGCGUCUCUCUGUGGACGGCAGGCUCCUGUCAGCUUCUGCUGCAACAGCCCGUCACAAACCUGUACCCUAAACUCAACACUCAGGAGACUGUUGAGUGCAACUGCGGGAACUCCUCCUGUGAGUCCGUGCACUGGUUCAGAACCAUCCCCGCAAGCGACAGCUUACUCUUUUUAGUCAAAUACAACAACGCCGAACGCGUCUGGUACGGGCCCAAUGUCGACCAGAAGCGGAUUAAACCGUCCAAGAGAGGUCUGUCCUUUGUGCUGCGCGUCCUCGGUGUGCAGGAGCACGACAGAGGGAUUUACUCCUGUGUCAUAAAGGACAAGGCCAACACUGAGACAUGGAGGCCGGGCACUUUCCUUCAGCCGGGAGUGAAUCCUCCAACCAAACCUCCUCCGACCAAACCUCCGCCUGUCAAGCGUGGCUGUCGCUGUCCUAAGAAGAGGAAUCCUCCACGCGAUGAGUCUGGAUGUGACCCCCUGGUCCUGUGGCCGUUGGUGGGCUUGACUGUGGUCCUGACUGUGACUCUCAUCUGCACACUGUACUACUUCAGCCGGCUGCCAAAAAAAUGCUACCACCACUUUGGAAAAGUGAGACAGAUGUCGUGAAGCGCUGCGGCGACUGCGUCCACCAAACUCUAAUUUCCCUUGAGCUGAAGUCCAGUGCAGCAUGAAGGAUAAAGUGUGUGUGCACAUGGUCGGAGAAGAGUUUUAUACUGAGCUUUGAGCAGCAGGAGCCACGUCAUGCAGCAUGUAACAUAAGAUUGUGAUAUACUGACUCUUCCAGUGUAAAGUUGUUUUGUUUUUUCGUGUGUGGUUGAUGCAAAGUUAGAGUUGAGCCACUUAAUAAAAGGGGCUCAACACUCGUUUUCUCUCUGGACUUUGGUGUGAGAGGACGAGCUGUUCACACACGUCAGUGUCAGGACAGAGUGUGGUCAUUUUCCAUCUAUAAUAAUAAUAUGCAUCACUUUAUCAAGGUAUUAUCAAGGUUUUCACUUCAGCUGCUUUAGUGGCUUUUUAUUAUUAUUAUUAUUAUUAUUAUUAUUAUUAGUAUUAAUUAUGGAAUAACACAGCUGUACUUUUGUGAUACACAAUGCCUUAAUGAGUAUUAUGGGAUGGGUCGGUGAGAGUCUAUACCUACUGAUGAUGUCAGUCAUUUUCAACAGAUCAAUGUCUUUUAUAUAUUCUGAAAAAUCGGAUCUCGGUCAAACCUCAAGUAUUUGUCUGCAGAAUCAGACACGUGUGUAUCUCA